AUGUUCAAGGAAGCCUUGACUCCGUCCGGAUUCCUCAAUUGGUCUCUAGAAGGGGAGAACACUUACUCUGCAUCGGAAAAUACUCCACUACAGCCGGGUCUAUUUCCGACUCCGUCGUUGACCCGGGAUACCGCCGAGAUUGCUAUGGAGCACUCGUCCUGCUCGUGCCUUGCCUCGGCCGUCUUCCUACUGGAUGAAUUGCAGUCGCCCCAUCAUGAAAGGGAACCCAGCGAGCAGGGUCUCAACUCCAUUCUUUCGAUCUACCAGGAAGUGCUCUCCCUAUCCAUUCUCUGUGGGGAGACGAUCGAUGCUUUUAUCGCACAGAGGGAAGCAAACGGUCCGGAGGCACCGCCCAUACCAGGAUCCAUGAUGCAGAAGCAGAAUUUAGCCCUGGGCGGAUAUGGGAUCGAGGGUGAAGACUACGAGGUCAUUAUGGGCGUGCUGGUGACAUGGCGACUGUCGAAAUUGGAAAGCUUCUCCGGCCGCAUGACGAUGAUCAGCUCCAUUAGUCGUCGCACGCACCAGCAGUAUAGGCGUCGAUUAGCAAGAUUCUCCCCGCCCGCAGCAUCCCCGCCCACAGCACCCCGUGGACUAUCAACACCCUCUAUGGACAGUGCAGACUCACUGGCGAGCUUGGAGAAAGAAGCACGGGCGAGGAUCAAGAAUUACGAAAUUCAGUCUCUUGCGGACGAAACCUUGUUAAAAGGCGGCUUAAAUGCGUUUCUUACGUGGCUGCCGGAGGCCGGUAAAACCUCACUCGCGAGGGAUAUUAUUGAAACAAGCUCCGACGGAGAGCUGUACGAUGUUUUUAUGAACCUUUUCACCGGUCUUGCUGCACCGAUGAGAUCCCGAUCAAAAGCAUCCUCUGUGGUAGGUCCCCAUCCAAAGCGCCAGGAACACGUUGAGGCAGUUGCCUCUCCCAUUGAUCGACCGGAAAGGCGUAAGCCUUCGUUCGCGACACAGCUCCAACUGUGGGACAACUAUCGCUGUGUGAUAACGGGCCAACUAGAUACAGAUCGGUGGGAGCACGAAGGUGAACCAGAAAACGUUUUCUACGGCCCGACUGAGGGGGCUCAUAUCAUACCUUUCGCAUUUGCCUCUUGGUCAAGGGGGUCCGGAGCACCAAGAGAUACAUCAAGGACCUGGACUCUGUUAUACAAGUGUUUCCCUGCCGUACGCAAUAUCAUCUCAGUGGAGCAGAUCAAUACUCUCCACAAUGGAAUAACUCUCCGAGAUGCAGUGCAUACUCAGUUUGGGAAAUUUGCAAUUGCCUUGAAACCUACUGAGAUCGAGAAUGAGUACGAGGUAAAAACCUACAAGCGAUAUCCCCCAGCCGAUAUCCCCGCUAUUCCCUCCGAUCGACGCGUCCGAUUUUUACCAAAUACCGAGUACGAGAUUCCAAGCCUGUACUUCUCGAUACGCAUUGGAGAAUGUGUGAAAUUUUCAAUGCGUCUACCAUGGGGGAGACAAUUGAACAACAUCUCCGGGACUGGGAAGAUUUAA